CCUCAGUCAACCUUUGCCCAGCAGUUCUCUAUGUCACAGAGAAAGGCAGAAACAAAUGUUUAGGCUUACUUGAAAUGUGUGGGAAGACAGAGAGCAGGUGUAAUCUCAGGCUGUCGGGCUUCUGACAAACAGGUGACCAGGAUCUGGCCUGGCUGCUUCACAAAGAGUCUGGAUCAUAAUUUAGCUUGUCUCGGUGAUGCCCUCAUGGGUCCCCCGUCGCUCAAUCUUGCCACCUAGUGGAGCUCUGAGGGUUCAGCUCUGAUCUGGUGAAGAGAAAUCAGCCAACUACUUCCCUUAUCUGGGGAGUUGCACGCCUUGUAACAUCUUCCAAACAUAUUCACCUGUUAGGUACUGAGAAGAAUGUAACACAAAACAGCUGAUGAAAAUAAUAAAAAGCAUGAAUUCAGGUUUCCUGUGGGUUUUGCCGAACACAAAGUGACUUAUCUGGGAUAUAUUCCCACAGCAGGAGGCUCCAUGCAAGAAAAAGGCCUGAAUUACCAAGAAAAUAAUUAAAAGCCUCAUACAAAGAGAGACAGCAGCAAAUGGCAUCAUCAGUAAAUGAAACAUCCAUACCACCACUAACAACUAACGGCACCACGAUAAGCCGAAUACCAAAAUACCCCAGUCACAACUGGGAGCUUUUGGUUGGUGUACUGGUCACGGCCAUCUCUGUCUCCCUUCUCCUCGCCCUUGUUGCCAAAUGUCAGGUGAUCCGUCGUUACCUGGCCAGCUACAGGCACACACGUCUGAGGGAGCCCGAUGCUGUCAGCCAUUCUGACUCUUCAGGCCCGGAGGUGGAGUUUGAUAUGCGCAGGGGUCGAAUGGACCCACACUGCCUUCCUACUGUGAGCGAGGAGGAUGACGACGGCUUUAUUGAAGACAACUACAUCCCGGCCAGCGAGAGAGCCCGGGCUGAGAGAGCAGCUGAGGACAUGGAGGAAGACACGGAAGAAGAGUUGGAUGAGAUUGAAUUUAGCAUCACUUAGAGUCUCUGGACACAUGUAGUUUGUUGGUUGAGCCCUCGAAACCCUCGAAAUAUUCAUUUUUACUCCAGUGUUUGUCUUUUCAGUGGGUUCUAAUUAAUGUUCUUCAAAGUGAUACAUACUGUGUUUAAUUGGAUUAUAUUACAAUUUAUUACUAUACCUGCCUUUACAGAUAACAGUUUCACCAUGUUUUAUGGUGUGUUAUAUCAUGUAAAAGUGAAAAUCAGCAAGAGAGAAGUACUGGCUAUUUUGAAAGAUUUGAAGUAGCAAAUGCUUAGUCCUCGGAAGUAAUUCUUCUAAUUUCAGGUCAACACAUCCAAAAGGACAUUUAGCUUUGUACGUAACUUUUGUACGUAACAGAGUGGCAUUCCAUUAGUAAUCAGUAGUCAGAAUUUCCAAAUUCCAAGUUGGUAAAAUCACCUGGAGUGACCAAUGAAGUCAGAGUUAUUAUAUCAAAAGCUGACGUUUUCCAACUAACCUCGACCUCAAAAUUCAUUAUGGCUGCCGUGCACUCAAAAAAGCUGGGAUUUGCAGUAAUGUACUCAUUAUACGCACUUUUAACAGCUUACUUCUCACUAAAUCAGCAGAACAUACAGUACUGCACAUCAUUUAUUGUGAACUAUUUGUGUAUCUCAAUGCAUUCAACUACAAUGCUAUUAGUUUGCAUAGCCAAUAGUACUUAGAUUGGCCUAUUAAAGCCAAUAACAAGCAAACCCCUCUGGUUUUCUGACUUUUACCUGGAAGUUAAGUUUGAUGUAUCCAGAUCCUAGUUCCAAUGUCCAAAGCAAGUGAAAUACAUCAUAAUUGCUGCAAAAUUCAUUGGGAUUCAAGCAUGUUUUGUUUGUUUUUUUCUAAAUCACUUUGCUUCAUUUCUGCUACUGGAGAAAAAAACAUGAAACCUCUGUGGACUAACCUCCAAACAACCAAGAAUAAUGUUUUUUUAAUUUGCUUUUGUUGUUGUUUUGUUGUUGUUUGUUUUGCUAUCGUUCCAUUGGCUUAGCAACUCAGAACUUGUGGUUUUUGUUAUAGACAUAAUCAAAUCUGAUUCUGAUUUAAAAUAUAAUUUUUACAAAUGUGCUAAAAGUUAUUUAUAUUUUUUUGUGAUAUGGAAAACAUCCUUUGUUUAAGUGAAAAGGUACCAAUGACUGUAUUUCUGACGAAUGCCAGAGCAAUAAUCAGUUAAAUGUUUCAGAAAUGCUUAUAUCAAACAAAAAUCACCUAAAUAAAUGCAAGAAGCAG